GCAAGCUGUCUCGAGAGCAGACUCGACUGCUGGUCAAACUAUGUCCAGAACCAUGGUGUCUGAGCCUCAGAUCGCAAUUAUUGGUGUUGGUCAGGUCGGCGGCGCCGCAGCCUACGCCCUUGUUCUCGCCUCCGUCGCGGCCGAGUUACUCUUGGUUGACAUCGACAUUGACUUGAGAGACGGCCAGACUCAGGACCUCUCCGAUGUGGCCUAUAGUAGCAACAGCGGCACGCGUGUGCGGGCGGCCACGUACCAUGAGGCAGCCCAGUGCGACAUUGUGGUCAUCACAGCAGGAUCCAAGCACACCAUAGGCCAAACCACGAUCGACUACACAUCCCGGAACAUUUCGAUUGUUCGGAACAUAAUCGAAGCAAUGACGCCAUUCAGAUCAGACACCAUCUUGCUCGUUGUUGCGAACCCAGUUGACUUGCUCACGUCCAUUGCACAGGACCUCUCUGGACUUCCUCCCUCUCAAGUCCUGGGCUCAGGCACUUUCCUCGACUCCGUGCGACUUCGUGGGCUAAUGGCGGACCGGGUGGGAGUCGCGGCAAAGUCGAUAGAUAUUUACGUGUUGGGCGUGCACGGAGAUUCUCAAGUUGUAGCCUGGUCGGCGGCAACAAUUGGCGGCGUCCCCAUCGACAAAUCUCUGCUCCCUAACACUCUUAACCGUGCUGAGCUUUCGGAUGAGUGCAAAAAUCGAUCACGGAGUAUAGUCCGAGCCAAAGGUGCGACCCCCUUUGGAAUCGGCUCUAUCGUGUCGAGCAUUUGCUCCUCUAUCCUCUUGGAUAAGCGCAAUGUACGGCCUGUAAGCCAUUUUCAACCAAAGUUUGGUUGCUGUUUCAGCUUGCCCUCUGUCCUCGGGAGAAAUGGAGUUGCCAGUACGAUCUCUGUGCCGUUGGAUAGCGACGAGGAGGCCGACAUGGCCAAGUCAGUGAAGGAACUGAAAGAAAGUAUUGACUGGGUCCAUCGGGGCUUUUAGUUUUGAAGCGUGGUGCAACACGAAGCUGGAACUCACAACAUUGUUGUACGUAGUAACACUUCGGUCAGAUGCGAGUUCGGCUAAGGUUCUUUGUCACUUGCGAAUUGAUAUAUUGUUUUUUAAAGGUUAAUGUUCAAUUAUAAGCUGACUCCUACCUCAUCCUGCCGAUGAUUCAUUCUGAGUGGCCGUCAAGUUACAAG